CUAUUCUUAUACUUUGUGUGUAUACUUAACCAUUUACAUACAAAAAGCUAUAGAAAUUCCAGAAAGUUGUUUAUUGUUUUACAUUUAAUCUUUCUUGUGUGCUUUUAACAUUAUUCUGUUCUAAUUACUUUAACUGUGAAAUGUCUUCAGAGACACAAGGUUGAUGGUCUCCUCCAGUGGCAAAGAAUCACAAUGAAGGCAAAGACUGUCAUGUCCACUCCUCUUUCUCCAGACUUAAAAUAGUGUGUAACAGAAACUCUAGUUAUGUUCUUCAAUAUCAGCUAACAAAAUACUGGGCACCUUCUAGUCAUUGGAGUACAAAGCAGGGCACAAAAUACUUAAAAAUCCAUGUCUAGGGGCCGAGGAUGUAGCUUAGUAAAGUGCCUGUCUAGCAUGCACAAAGGCCUAGGUUUGAUUCCUAUCCCUGUACAAACAAAUAGGGUGUAUAAACCGGGUGUGGUGGUGCCCGCCUUUAAUCUCAUUACUCAGGAGACAAGGCAAGAGGAAAAGUUCAAGAUCAUUUUUAACUACGCAGCCAUUGUGAUCCCUCCCACGACAAUGGGCUGCCGGGGUGAAGGGUAUCAAAAUCCAACCCCAAAGCAGCUUAUAGCAGGCACUCAAUUAGCCAGCCAUCAUAUUUCAUUUGGUCCUUUACAACCUGGGAAGUGAGGACCACCCGGUUUGGCAGAGAAGGAUAUUGAGGAUUAUGUGUGGCUGAGAUCAUUGAGGUCAUUAGUGGGCGUGGGGAUUAGCAUUCUAACCCCGGUCUCAGCUGUGAAUCAAUUACACCUAAGCCAUCCACCCAAUCAGAAUCAAGUGCCGACUGCGGGCGUGGAGGUACUAUGCAGGUCAAGUCCGGAAAGGCGUUUGCGGAGUGCAGACGACUCGCGAAUGCCCUCGGUAUAAAUCGCGGGAUUUUGGCGCGCUCUUUUUGUUGGCUGGGUGUUCUCGCCAGUGAUUGGUUCCGGGCUGUCGCGGCUGCUGGGUCUACCUCGGCUGAGGAGAGGCGGCGCAGCUCUUCGCUGGCCUCCUGGGGGAUGGGCCACCAGGAAUCUCCGCUGACCAGAGCAGCGGCGGGAGGUGCAGCUUACAUAAAGAGGUUACGUAAAGUGCUCAGCUGGCGCGAACUCGAGGACAGCCACGGGAACCUGGAAGCCGAGGCCUCCCCCGGGAGCGUUGCUGUCAUCACAGGAGCAGCGCCGCGACCCGCUACACGUCCAACCCGGCUCCCCGCCUCGCGCCCUACUCGGCUCUGCAGACAACCCCGGCUCGGAACGGACCAUCCUCCGGCGCGGGCUCCAAGGGGGAACCGGUCCGCCCGGAAGAGGAACAGCGCCGGCCAGAUCAUAAUCCAAGGUACCGCUCCUCCGCAUCUCGGGGCUAGACGGAGGGAUGAGGCAAGGGGGGCCCGGGCGGCGCCGUUGCUGCUCCCCCCGCCCCCCGCAGCCAUGGAAACGGGGAAAGAGAACAGAGCCCGCAGAGGGACAAAAAGCCCGGAGCGGAAAAGGCGAAGCCCAGUGCAGCGGGUACUGUGCGAGAAGCUGAGGCCGGUGGCCCAGGCCAUGGAUCCGGCUAUGGCCGAGGUCCCGGGUGAGGCCUUCCUGGCCCGGCGGCGACCGGAUGGCGGCGGCGGAGAUGUUCCUGCACGGCCGCGCUACAGCCUGUUGGCGGAGAUCGGGCGCGGCAGCUACGGCGUGGUUUAUGAGGCUGUGGCUGGGCGCAGUGGGGCCAGGGUGGCAGUCAAGAAGAUCCGCUGCGACGCUCCCGAGAACGUGGAGUUGGCACUAGCAGAAUUUUGGGCCCUAACCAGCCUCAAGCGGCGUCACCAGAAUAUCGUGCAGUUUGAGGAGUGUGUCCUACAACGCAACGGGUUAGCCCAGCGCAUGAGUCACGGCAACAAGAACUCACAGCUUUACCUGCGCCUGGUGGAGACCUCGCUCAAAGGAGAAAGGAUCCUGGGCUAUGCUGAGGAGCCCUGCUAUCUCUGGUUUGUCAUGGAGUACUGUGAAGGUGGAGACCUCAAUCAGUAUGUCCUGUCCCGGAGACCAGACCCAGCCACCAACAAAAGUUUCAUGCUACAGCUUACAAGCGCCAUUGCCUUCCUGCACAAAAACCACAUCGUGCACAGGGACCUAAAGCCAGACAACAUCCUGAUCACAGAGCGGUCUGGCACCCCCAUCCUCAAGGUGGCAGACUUUGGACUGAGCAAGGUCUGUGCAGGGCUGGCACCUCGAGGCAAAGAGGGCAAUCAAGAUAACAAAAAUGUGAAUGUGAAUAAGUACUGGCUGUCCUCAGCUUGUGGCUCAGACUUCUACAUGGCUCCUGAAGUCUGGGAGGGACACUAUACAGCCAAGGCGGACAUCUUUGCUCUGGGCAUUAUCAUCUGGGCAAUGAUAGAAAGAAUUACUUUUAUUGACUCUGAAACCAAGAAGGAGCUCCUGGGGACCUACAUUAAACAAGGGACUGAGAUCGUCCCUGUUGGUGAGGCGCUGCUAGAAAACCCAAAGAUGGAGUUGCAUAUCCCUCAGAAACGUAGGACUUCCAUGUCUGAGGGGGUCAAGCAGCUCUUGAAAGACAUGUUAGCUGCUAACCCACAGGACCGACCUGAUGCUUUUGAACUUGAAACCCGAAUGGACCAGGUCACAUGUGCUGCUUAAACUCCAGGGCUGAACUUCUUGGGUGUUUUUAAACUAGGUCGAUCCUUCGGGACCCACAGUCUCAUCAUGUCUCGGACAGGAUGGCAGAGGGUACAGGUGGUGGUGAUCUCCUGACAGCUGGACCUCCCACAAUGUGAAGCUUUUGCUUGGGUUUCCCACUCUACCCUUUUCUUUUUCCUUUAUUAUUAUUAUAAUAAUUUUUUUAAACAUUAAACCAUCAAGACUUCUGAAGAGCAAAAGGCUACACUCUGGACAGGCACCUUUUUAUUGUUGGGUUUUUUUCUUUUUUUGGUUUUGUUUUUUUAAGAACAUUGAAUGUGGACAAAGCUUAUGCAUAUAGUCACUGUUAAUCUGUUAAUUUCUUAAGUUAGGAAGCAAUUUUGGUUUUAUCUUUCAUGUUCUGUUUUCUUUCUUACACACAUCUCAGUUCUGCUUUAGCAUCCCAGUUCCCACAGAAGUUCUGUCUACCCAGAGUUUGGUAUUUCUCCUGGAAAGGGAUACGAAGAUCUAAGGAAGCAGCCUCUGAGUUGCCUCCCUCCAGAUGUGGGAGCUGCUGAACUCCUUGGAUGGGCUGGGCCUGACCAGCCCUCAGACCUCAGACAGGAUCAGAGAUGAAGAACCUCUCAGAAGAGGAACACCAGGGUUUGGCCAGAGGGACUCUAGAAAGAAGACCUAAACCAUAGGUUUGGUUCUCUUUAAGUUCUUGGGAGCCUCAGGCCACACCAGGACUCACUACAGUGGGCGUUGCUUCCCUCUUCUGCCCUUUCCAACCGGGGUCCCUGAGGAUAGAGACCAAGAAUGGUCAUCCCAUCACUUGGAUGAAGAGACCUCACCCCCCUCUCUUUGCACAAGCCUAUCUUCUGUUAGGACUGGUGUGCCAAUUUCCUAUCAGACUUGGUCUUCCUUGGCCUCUUGUCACUACUUUGAGGCCAGUACCUUCCACUUUCUCCUCCUGGAUUGUCUUCUCUAUGUGCUAUAGGUUCAGCCUGUCAUAGAGACUACCUAGGUCCCAAGAUCCAGUUUUGAUCCUUGCAGAGUACCCUCAACUGGCCGCCGCCAUCAUUUCCUCACAGUGAAAGUGUGCCCCGUGUACCAGGAUUCCUAGUGUCACCACUGGGUAACACUAUCAAGCGCCAUCUCUCUUAUCCCCAGGGACUUCAUGUUAGGUGAUCAACCUCUAUGUCAACUGUUGUCUAAGAAGAGAAAAGACCUGCCUUAAAGAGGGAGGUAUGAGGCAGAUGGGGUGCCCAGGUGGCUAUUAGAGGCCCAUAUAGCAGCUAGUCAUAUAAAGCACCCCCAACCUAGAUCCCCAUGACUGCCGCACACACUUUAACUCCCUUGCAGUGUUCUUACAGCCUCCUGAGGGAAGAUUCCCCUCCUUCAGCUGCUUCAAGGACCCCACCAUUCUCUCUGGUGUUGCUCUCUACUUAGAUGCACCUUUGGUUGCUUCCAGACUUUUCACCUUGUUCUGGCCUCGUGGGAUGGGGUCUCUGGACAAGGAAACAAGCUGGAGGAGAAAUGCGGCCACACUAGGUGAAGAUCUGACUCUGGAUAGGGCCUGGUCUCCUUUGUGGCACUGCCAGUAGUAACUGCAGUGGUGGUGAAGACAGAGAAGCCUGGAGUGAGCAGAGGCCCUUGACUUACUCUGCUUCCUAACCCUGUGGUGCUAAGACCACUCCCUAUUUUCCUCAUAGUCUUCUUGCCCCACCAAUCCCCACCAUCAUUUCCCUCCUUCAAGAUUCUCAGCUCUAACAUAUCACUAUUUUAGAAAACCAGUGUUUGCAGCAAUAAAGUUAUAUUGUUUUUGUGUGAAUCUUAUUCCAAGAAGAGGAAAAGAGCAUUGUGGGAGUCUGUUUAUGCUAUUAGCUGUUUACUGUUUGAGAAGACAACUUGGAGGGAUGGGUUAUAUGGCUUUUAACCUUUAGGUAUCUUGAAGAGUGGGAAGAGCAAGAGCUUGACUGCUAUCCUCCAAGGAGGGGACUCUACAACCCUCGCCUUACUCUGAUGUGCCCCUUCCAGCCCUGCCCACCAUGAGCUCUUCCACCUCUCUUCCUCCGUCCCCAUCUGGGGGCACUAGUGGCUCAACUCUAGAUGGGUCUUUGGUUACCUCUCCCCUUAACUGGAUUCUCUCUCCCUAUCUGUCAGCUCCAAACAGCUACUGGGAGUCUACCUCAGAAUUGGCUAAGCUUGGUUAUUCAGCUCUCCGGACCAGCAGACUCUGGAGGCUGAGGCCUCUGCCUUCUCUGAUUCUGAGCUUGUGCACACAGGUCAGCACGGGCCCGGCUUUGAGGGAAAGGAGCCUAGUCUGGACACAUACUCUGGAAGGAGAACCCAGUAGGUACUCAUACCAUUGGCUGAUACCAGUAUCCACAGCCAUCACUGAGGGGCAAGUCUACUGCCAUUCGUUGCCUAGGACCCCUAGGAUCGGGGAGAGUACCAGAACGAGUGGGCCUUUUUUUUCCCCUCUAAAUCCAGAUGAGAUCAUAGGAAGAAGGAAGCCUAUUUAGGGGACUUCCCCCCACCCCCAAAACACUUUUACCCCAAGGGCUCCUUGCCAUCAAAACUGGAGGAUAUUUCAGUUACUCUUAAUGCUCAUGUGGGUCAGACUUGGUUUUAAGGGAGGUUUAAAGCCAGGCACAAGGUUAGUUUCAAAUACUAGUUAAAAUAAUUUUACUUUUUUUUUUUUUGCACAGAAGCUGGUAAUAUAGGACCUAUGUGUGAACAACUUUAUAUGAAUAUUUUUUGUACUUGGCUUACUUGGGUUGGUAUGAUAACAUAUUUAAGUUCUUUGAACACUGUGGAUUCCCCCUAAUGUGUAUGAAUGACUGAAACUUUGUAAAUUAAGGGACGUUUGUGUGAAUAAAGUUAUUUGAUGGGGUCAAAAAAGCCAUACAUUAUUUGAAAA